GCCCGGGCAGCCCCCGCCCCUUCCCUUCCCUUCCCCCGGCCGCGCGGCUGCGCCGGGGGUGUCGCGAUCGCUCCCGGCCUCAGCGGCGGCUCCACGUGGGCGCUCGGGCAGCGCUGACAGCGGCCGGGGGCUGCCGGGCGGCCGCCGCCGCCGCCUCCCCCAUGGGCGCCCCGGUGCCCGGGCUGCUGUGAGGCUGCCCCGGGCGGGGGGCCCGAUGCAUUCGCUGCUGGAGCGGCAGAAGAAAGCGGGCGGCGGCGUGGAUGCCGGGCUGGAGCUGCCGGCGGGCUCCCUUCCCCAGCCUCAGAGGAUGUUCAGCUGCGUGGGCUGUUUCUGGGUCCUCCUGUCCUCCUGCCUGGUGGCCGUCUGCAGCUUCAGCUUCCUCUCCCCUGCCUGGAUCGUGAAGGAGCCUCCCCUGCCCCAAGCCCAGGACGAGGUGAGCUUCGGCUUGCUCUGGCACUGCUCCGAGACGCUGGAGCAGAUGUACAGCUGCUACACCUUCGGGGGCCUGGGCAAGUUCAACGAGAUCCCCUCCAGCUCCUGGCAGACAAGUGCAGUGCUGUGUUCUGGAGGCUGUGCCCUGCUAGCCAUCAGCUCCCUGCUGGCAAUCAUUGCCGUAUUCCUUCCCAGCGGGCUGUGCGAGAGGCGAGUGUGCACCCUGGCUGGUUACAUGCAGACAGCAGCAGUGUUCAUCAUGGCUUCCGGGCUCUUGGUUUAUCCUUUCGGUCUCAACUCUGCUACUGUGAAGAAAUUCUGCGAGAAUUCAGCAAUCUACUAUGCAGGAGACUGCCAGAUUGGAUGGGGGUAUAUGCUGGCCAUUGUUGGAGUCAUGUUGUCUGUCUUUUUACCAUUCUUUGCAAAAUAUGCACCAAAAGAGCACAUAUCUCCAACUCCGAUACCUACUAUUUUAUAGUAUUUUAUUCGUAUUUGACAGCAGAAGGCUCCUGUCUGCAAUCCAUAGGCAGCAAGUAUUAUAUAGCACUUCCUUUUAGCUGUAUUGCUAAAAACAAAACACACAAAAUUGAAGACCGGGGAAGGGGAGAGGGUCAGACUCAGAGACCAAAAGUGCAUUGAUAGUCUUCCGUCACUAUGAGACGCUAACACUCUGGAAUUGAAUAAGAUUCAUUAGCAGCCUGUAUACUGCUAGAAAUAUACAAUGGCUUAAUGCCUUAGACAAAAAAAAUCUGUUUAUCCUCAAAACAUCUGUCUACCUCCCAAACAGUUUCUUUUAUGUCUCAAAACCUUUUAAAAGCCUCAAUUCACUUUUAUAUAGUAUUCAACGUCAGAACUUUUAUGAACCCAAUCAUUUUAAAUCCAGUGAUGGUAUUUUGUUAUAAUUAUGAUGAGUAGAUAAGCUCCUGCUAGCGUAAGGGUGUAAAAUGAAGCUUGUUAUCUAUGACAAACAUUGUAAGCAAGAAAAAUGUCUUUUUUAAUCAAUGCAUGCUAGUUGUGUGCCUGAAGAUUGUAAUUUCUAGGCACACUUUUCUGUACCCAUCUAAGAAUUGGGACGUAUAGCCUCCGUAGUGACCGCUAUACAUUUUAGCAACCUUUUUGUUAAAGAGAUCUAACCAUUUCAAAGGGCCCAAUACCAACAUAACAGCUUAAAGCAGAAAAAUAAGUAUACAUAACAAGUGCAUUUGUUUAGUCAGUUCUUAGAUUAUAAUUCGCGUAUAGUUGUGCGGAAGCCUUUGAACUAUAAUUGCUUUUGGCUCGCUUUUGUUUCUUUAAAUCUGAGGGGUAAAGACUUCAUUAACAAACCCUAUUUGCCUCAUGACAAAGGUUCAUCAAAAUGCAAGACAGACUGGACAAGAUUCUCAUAUUCCCACUCAUUUUGAAUAGUAUCUUUUUCCACAAGAGUGUGAUUUAUUGUGGAGCGCAUGCUGUUUGACAUGAGUAUGCAUGGCAGACUCCGACGACAUGACAUUAAAUUUAAUGUUGACUAGGAAAAUGCCAUAGAUGAUGGGUAUUUUUUGUGUGAAAUUUAUGAAGUCUAAUUCCAGCAGUAGCAUUUUUAUCUUCAUUACCACCAAGGAUUCAAACAAAUGCACCAAUUGCCUUAAUUAAAAGAAUAAUUGGGUUCUAAUCCUGCUCCAUCUCCAUGUUCCUCACUGAAAAUAAAAAUCAAAUCCCCAUCCUUUCAUUGUGUCAUGAGAUCAUCAUUUAUUUGGUAUCAUAAUUAUGUUCAGUUCUCUUUUAAUAAAUAUUGUAAUUCUGAAACUUACUUUUCAGGUUUGUAACUUGUCACGUAACUUAAUUGAUCAGAUUAAUCAUGCUUUUUCACUAAUUACAUGAGCCCGACUACUGGUUAUCCGUGAAUUUCUUCUUUUGUGAAAAAGGUGUGCAAAGGGACAGAUGGAGAAACACCGAGGAUGUAUUUAUUAGAAAAUGAGACCAGGCAGAACAAUCACUUAAUUUUAUUCCAGGAUGUAUCAAAGUGCUGUAGAAAUCGUGGUUACAUUCGUAAGCCUUCUGAGCUCAAACAGAGGCGUGCGGUAUUUUCUACAGAACAAGUCUGUUGUUACAUCUUGCGCCCCGAAGGACAAAUCAUGCCCAUUAAGUUCCACGGCUAAUAUUGGGAAAUACAGAUGAGAAAGCAGAACCAAGUACAUUGGGAGAGAGCUGUGUGGUUUUGGUCAUAGCAUAAGUUCAAUUGGGAAUGAAAUCUUCUACAUGGGUAACAAAUAGGACGUUGAGGGGAUGUCCUUUGCCCUCCGAAAGUAAAUGGGAUAGAUUUCAGUCUUCUCUGUACAUAACAUGUGCUUCUUAUUAGCAUCUUAUGCUCUUCUUCUCAUAUGUUGCUGGAAUAGUUUGGAAAGUUUCAUAUAAAAUUAAGAAGGUAAAGACUGAAAAAAUUAAGACAGGUCAAUGGAAAAUCAUAACCACAAAGGAGAGAGAAAGAGAGAGAGAGGGAUGCAGGCUUUUCUUUCUUAACCAACCUGUGCCUUUACAAUUGAACAAAUGUACAAGACAGGAUCAAGAACUAAAAACAAAUAAAAAUUCUCAUCAACCACUGAAAAUGUUGUACAAUGUGUAUAAAAUGUAUUCUGUAGGGGUUUUGUUUUGUGUAAUGUUUACAAUUGUUCACUAAAUGUUUCACUAGGAAAAGUGAUUUGUUAGUGUAAACUAGAGAGCAUUCUUGCAAAGAAUUAACUGCUUACUCCAAAGUCAGAUUAUUUUAGAUUUAUGUCCGUGCCCGUCGGUCAGUCCAGCAGACAACUAGAACCCACUCCCGGCAUUGCUUAUUACUGUAGUGUUAGUCAUCUGUGCAGAGUUGGAAGCGGGAUUCAUUCCUUUGGCACCGAUAGGACCGUACACGCGAGUGAAGUUACUUGCACGUCCAAGCGUUUGCAGGCUUGGCUCCAGGCGGAAGUUCCUUGGUAACUCCAGCCUGCUGUCUCCAAGGGUUCUGUUGAUUGACCACCUCGCUGUACCAAACGCUUUCCUUUUUAAAAAAUCAUUUCACUUUUCUAACACAAUAAUCAAACUAAAACCUGAACAUAUUUUCUGGGAUGAUCUCCAUUUUUUAAAAGAGAAACAGAUGCCUCUGUUUUGAACUUUAUAUCAUUUUAAGUCCUGUGAGGAAAUAGUGUCAGUUUGUAUGCCGUCUACACACGGGUGGACAAAACUGCCACGUCAGGUGCGUGUUCAAAGCCACUUACAAGAGUAGAUAGAGCUCAGCGUGAAUGACUCCGACCAGAGUCGGGGAAGCAUAGGCUGCAGAGCCUCCGCAGAAUGUUGCUAACACUGAUAGAUCACUUUUUUAAUGAGGAUUGUCUGCGAGUUAAAUGGUGUAUAAUAGUUUUCUUGUUAAAAAAAAAACAAACACAAAAUUUACUGGAUCAGGUUCAAGUUUUAUUCUAAAUAUAUAAUUUUUUAAGUGUAAUGAAAAGCUGUAUUUUCCAUUACUGUGUUUCUGCGUUGACUAGCUGGCUCCUUUUUAGAAUAUUAACUGUUUUCUGUAUUUGACUUGUUGAAUAAAAUAUUUCAAUUAUUUUAAAUGUGAAGUUUACAAUUGCCAACACUGUAUAUUAAAAUAAUUCAUGUUCACUA